AUGGAUUCCACUGAUAAAGAUAUAAAAGAGCAAUACUAUAUAGAGCAGAUGGCCGUAAUCGGCAAGAUGCAUAAUAUGCAGUGGCUGAAAAGUAAUUCUCAGUUAUCAGGCCACACAAAAGUGUAUCCAGAUGGGAAAGAAUUAAUAAGUAGUCCAUUGAAAGCUAAAUUAAGUGAAGGAACAAAAGAAUGUACUAUUAUUGUUUCAAGUAGCAAUGCUUCAAACAGUCCUGAGUUAAAGAAUAAUGAUCAUAUUACAAAGGAAAAUAUAAAUAACAGUAAUAUUGUUACAACUAAUAAUACGCUUCAAUCUACUUUACAAGUUGUUCAGCCUUCUGAGAAAAGUAAUAUGGAAACUAUUUGGAGUAAAGAUGUUAAUGUAACUAGUACAUUGUUCCCAAAUUCUCAGUCUUUGGUCGUACAAAGACUAGAUGAGCAAGAAAUGGUGAACAAGAAUUUGCAAGAGAAUAUUGUUACUGUUCAGUUAGAACAGCUUAGUUUUAAGGAAGAAGAAAAAAGUAAAUCAGAGGAGUCAUGUAAUGAAUCUCAUAAUGAGUGGGGUACCAUUCGUCGUAAUAUCCCAGACUCGACAAAAUCAGUUCCUGAUGUAGGUAAUCAGAUCAAUUCUAAGCAAUGCCACGAUAACAAUAAUAAUAAUGCAAAGUCUAAAACACAGUCUACAUCAGAAUUAAAGAAAGGUAUGCAAAAAACAACUACCAAAAUUAAUACUAAGAAGUGUAAUGAUCAGAAGACCAGGAAACAAGCAGGAAGUUCUUUAAAAGAGUCUUGUACUAUUUCUAAGCAGGGUUCCAAAGAUCAAGUUGAUUCUUUAAAUUCAUGUAGCAAUGAUAAAACUUCAACCUCUGGUGUAGACUCAAGAAAGACGUCUGUAUCGCCGGCUCUUAAAUUUCAUGAUAAAUGUAGUAAAGUUAAUGGAUGCAAUAGACAAUUAAUUACGGGAAAGGGGACACCAGUGAAGGAGCAACAGUUUUAUAAACAACAAUUUUCUACACUUAAUGAUUCUGCUAACAGAAACAAAUCCUCUAUGGACGGAUUAGAUGAAAAAAGCAAACUUCAGAAAAAAAAUACCGAGGCAGACGAGACAAAAAAGUGUCACAAAGUUCAAGUAAUUCGUACUCAAUCGUAUAAUGUACAGUAUAAUAGGAACAAACCAUUAGUAAAGCCGCAACAACGAUAUUUAAGGAAUGCAGCUAAGCCAGAAGAAGAAAAUUCUGUUAAUCGUACGUCUGGUUUUGAUAAUGGCAUCGGUGUACCUAAUACAACUGAAAAUGUAACAAAAAAGAAAUAUGAGAAUCAGCAGUCCGCAAUAAGUAAGCAAACUAGCGAUACGCAACUUACUCAGAGUACAUCAGGAAAAAAUUCCAAAAAUUUUAAUGUUUUAGAAUGCAGUACGAGUGAAAGAACAUUAGGGAAGACAUCAGGUUCUGUAUCAUGUAGAAAAAAUUAUCAAAGUUUAUCUAACACAAAGACUACUGUUGAUAGAAAUGUAAAAGAGGAUCAAGGGUGUGUGCAAAAAUUCAAGAAAGAUUCUUAUGUUUAUAGACGUACUUCGGGCACUGUUCAAUCUUCUAUCAAAGAAACGAACGGGAAAGAAAAACCGGACGAUUACAAAAAAAGUGUCACGGAGAAUAAUUCAACAAAGGAUUAUAAAGUGAGUCAAGCUGAAGGCUCAAAAAUAACUGCAUUUUCGCAUAAGGCAACCAAUGGUGCUAGUAAUACUAAUAAGACUGAUACAUCAGAUUCAGCUAUUGUAAAUAAUGUACAGUCUGUAAAAUCAUUGAAUUCUUGUUCGAGUAACAAAGACUCUGCUACUAUAAAUACAUCUGUUCUUACAUCGCAAGAAUCACAGAUAUUGCAAAAUUCUUGUAAUGGAACAGAAGUACAAUUUACAAAGACUGAACAAGAACAUACUAAUAAUUAUAAUAGCAAUAAGACUAAUACUAGUAAUUCCGAGACAAAAUCAGUUAAAUUUUCUGAUAAUAUUCAAGAAAUUAAUACAAUGAUGGAUUCUACACCGUCAUCGUACAAGGAUAAUAUUGUUCAGCCACACGGUAUCACUACAAAUACAUUUUACUCUGAUUCACAAUUAACACCUAAUAUAGGCAAUGCUCAAGAAACAGAGAAUCACCAUAGUGUACAAAAUAAAAGUUAUUUCGAUAAUAAUAAUACUCAUUACACUAACACUUCUACCGCUGUUCAGAAUUCUGAAAGGGACUUGUAUCUGCUGGAUAUAGCGUACCAGAAACCAGAGCAGCCGUCGCAUGUGCCUCCGGAAAACGUAUCGCCACACAAUAAUUGCAACUCAGUUAUUCCAAUGAGCAGUGGUUUACCUUAUCAGAGCAUAUCUGGCAUGUAUUUAAAUCAAUACAACAACGCUAAUAAUGUAUCAAGAAAACCGGCUGACAGUACCAUCGUCUCUCAGAACGUAUUAGUGCCGAAUAGCACUUCCUACACCAUGGAACAUCAGAACAUUAUGCAAGGCGAAUCUUCCAACACCCUCAUGCAUAAUCCUCAAACUUCAAUCUUACCGCCACCGGGUUUUCACAAUCAUCCCAUUGCUGCUCAGCAUAAUCAAUGGAAUUUACCGCUUCCAGAUAUGGUACUCUUUGGAAACAUGAUGAAUCCAGCACAUUCUUUGAACAUGCAAAUGCAAAACUCCAGACACUUGUGCGGCACAGAUUUCAAUAGUAUCCAACAAACGGGCUACAUGCAGCAUCCAUUGUUCUACGUGCCGCAGUUAUGCAUGCAAGGCUGGAACCCAUUGGUGCAGUAUCCAGCACCUUUGUUUCAAAAUCCCCCGUACACCAACUGCAGCACCUUUACGAAUCAAGUGUUGCCGUCGAAUACCAUGGCGGACACUAUCAACUGCUCUAUACCAACGUCCAUGCAGAACAAUCCGUACAAACAAUUCCAGCAGAUGCAACAGUUUGAGAGUAAUCCGAACUUUUCUGUCCCCGUGAAGCUGGACAAUUACAUGGGAAACAUGCAAGGUUGUAGAUCGAACGCCCGGACGAAAGAUAACACUAUGGUGGACGUUCAUGGAAAAACUAGCCAGUAUCGGGCUCCCUUGGCAAACGAUUAUCAAAACAACUGUUCUCAAGAUGGCCAGACGAUGGUACCGUAUUCGUACGCUGUCACGAUGGAUUCCGUUGCAAGGAGUGUACCGUCAAAUAUGCACAUGCAACUAAAUCAGAAGUAUUCGCCGCGCGUUUCAGCUACUGCCAAUUAUCAAAGAAUGCCGGAGACUUGUGCAGCGUUUCAAACCAAUCAGAACUCCGGCAACAGAAGGGACGACUUAUCGGGAAACGAUUCCGAGUGUAUACCGCCGAUGGUGUCGCCGAAAGAAUGCAUGUAUUACGGAGUGAAUUAUUCCAAGAAGUCGGAUGUUAUUCAGAAUUCGUCUUUGCGUUCAGACACGAAGCCCGUGGCUUACAUGCCACAUGGUAAUGCGCGGCAGUACGUUCCUCAGUUUCAUGAAAACCCGGCUUAUCAUGUGUCGCCGAAGGAGCUCUCGCCAAGGGUAAUAACAGGCCGUAGCAUACGCAAAACAACGGAACAAUAGAAGGCACAGGAGACAGAGUAACGAGGCGACAGUACUAAAUACAUUGUACGAUGUAUUUCAUAGUUUUCAAUUUAAAUCGUUGCAAUCGCACGGUACAAAGGUCGUUGCACGUUCAUCUUACGAUUUUAUAUCCGUUUCUAUCAUCGUUACCUCUAUAUCUAUGUACAAGUAAUAUCGUGAAAGACAAGUUUUUUAAUUGAUCUACUUUAGACGUACA